AGAUCCCAGCUCCGUAACAGAAAACACCACCACUUCAGCUCCAACCCCGUGGAGAACCACCCAGCCCAGAACUCCCGGGAGAGGCAACUCUCCUGCUCCUUCCCUCCACCAUGGAGUACCUCUCUGCCCUGGACCCCAGCGGCCUGCUCAGGUCAGUAUCCAGUAUGAGCUCCGAUUUGGGCCGUAGGGUCUGGACCUCGGCUCCACCACCCCGGCGACCUUUCCGUGUCUGUGAUCACAAGCGCGCCACCCGGAAAGGCCUGACAGCUGCCACCCGCCGGGAACUGCUAAACAAGGCACUGGAGACUCUGAUGCUGAGUGGAGUGCUAACACUGGUGCUGGAGGAGGAUGGGACCACAGUGGACAGUGAGGACUUCUUCCAGCUGUUGGAGGAUGACACAUGCCUGAUGGUGCUGGAGUUGGGACAGAGCUGGAGCCCCAGCAGGGGUGGGGUGCUGUCGUAUGGCCUGGGCCGGGAGAAGCCCAAGCACAGCAAGGACAUCGCCCGCAUCACCUUCGAUGUGUACAAGCAAAACCCUCGAGACCUCUUUGGCAGCCUGAACAUCAAAGCCACGUUCUACGGGCUCUACUCCAUGAGCUGUGACAUUCAAGGACUCGGCCCAAAGAAAAUACUCAGGGAGCUCCUCCGAUGGGCCUCCGCACUGCUGCAAGGCCUGGGCCACAUGCUGCUGGGAAUUUCCUCCACCCUUCGUCAUGCAGUGGAAGGGACUGAGCGGUGGCAGCGGCAGGGUCGCCUCCAACCCUACUGAGAAGGGGCUCUGAGCUUCUGCCCCUAGACUCAUUCCAAGAGACAGACUGUAAGGACUGUGACAGCGUCAAGUUUGGGGUCUACACACAGUGCAGGCUCACUAACUCGCUUGUUUUCCCCAGUCUUCUGAUCCCAUAGUGACAGGCCCAUCAGCCUAACGCCUUCCACCCCAGCCUAUACCCAUUGCUGAAGAAUACUAUCCAUUCCUAGCCAUCUUUCCAGCCUCCCACUUACCCUGAAAGGCCACAGCCUGUCCACAGGCAUCUGGAUCCCACCCUGAUUGCUGCUACAUCUAGAGGUCCUUACCACUCCCCUCCUGUCCCUAAGCUCCCCAGUGCCCUGAAGAGAGCCCUCUCUAACUUCACCUUGAGAUCUCUAUUUCUUUGUACCCUUCCCCCCCAAAAUAACAAAGGUGUUUCCAGUAAAAAUAUAAAAAUGUUUAUCAAUAAGA